GCUGGGUCCAGCUCGGGCCCCUCAGCUCAGGCAGGGCCCUGAGGGGCUGGAGAGUGUCCAGGAACGGAGCUGGGAAGGGAAUGCAGCCCCAGGAGAGGCUGAGGGAGCUGGGAAGGGGCUCAGGUGGAGAAAAGGAGGCUCAGGGGGGCCCUCUGGCUCUGCACAGCGCCUGACAAUGCUGCCAGAUGAAGAAUGGAUUGCACCUGGUGGGUUAAUACAAUGGUCUUUUAGGGAAAGCAUUAGACUAUGGAAGUGCACAAUCCAAAGCACAAUAAACAUUAACCAAGGAAAGGAGUGAGAAGCUCCACUCCACUGAUUCCAAGCCUCACCAGUUACUGAGCUAGGCCAGCUCUGCCAGCCUUUCUCCUCUGGGCACAGCAGCACCAGUGCACUGAGUGCUCAGACACAGCUGGGGGGGCACUGGCCAAAGACACCCUGGGACAGGAGGACACGUGUGCCAUCGGGGCCACCAGAGACACCCCGGGACAGGAGCAGAGGGAACUUCUGGGCCAGGGCAGCUCAGGGUGGGCACAGCAGGAAUUUCCCCAUGGAAAGGGGGCUCAGGAGCUGCCCUGGCACUGCCCAGGGCGGGUUGGAGUGCCCAGCGCUGCAGGUGGCACUCAGAGCUCUGGGCUGGGGACAAGGUGGGGAUGGGGCACAGCUGGGACUCCAUGGCCUGGGGGGGAUUUUCCAAGCUGGAUGAUCCCGUGGGAGCUGUGGCCAGGGGGAAAUGCUGUGCUGGGGUGCCUGGUGACGCCCUGGGACAUGCACAGCCCUCAGCUCAGUGAGGUGUGGAAGAAUAGCUACAUGACAAAAACCACAGAAACAUCCUCUAAAUAGCCAACCAAGAACUGGACAAGUACCAGAGCCAGCCAAUCUGAGUCCCUGCAGCUGCAGGGACACUGUGGCCUUGAGCAUAGCUGUAUGACAGUAACAAGGUGCUGUGGUUGAGAGAGAGACAUGAGAAAAAGAAGAUGUAAGAUAUAAAGAAUGAGGAAGUAAGAGAGGAGCUGAUAAUUAUGGCAUAACCAUACACAAUAUGUAUGAGCUUAUGACUUGUUGUGCAUGAAUGUCUGAUGCUCUCAUCAAUAAACGAAGCUUGCUGAGCUCA